GAGCAAUGGGCUGGAAAAGCUAAUCUUAAACUAGGACGCCAACGCCUUCCGUGGAAAGGAAAUUGUGGACCCGUGAGUCGUGACUUUACUUGUGCCCCCAAAAUAGCACCUGUGAUUUCAGUCUCCUCCUCCAAACUCUCUCUAUGCGCUUCAUCAAUGGAGGACAAGACAAGGCCCUCAAAUAUUCCAUCUAAUUACGUCACUCUCCAACAACUUCAAGAACGCUGGAUUAAAGAGCAGCAGCGUAAGCUCAAGGAGAAAGAGGAAGAACAAAACCAGGAAGAGGAGCAGCAAAAUGAAGAAAAAGACCCAAACCCCCAAGUUCACCUAAUCAAAGACGCCCGAUCGAGUCGAAGAAAUCGCAACCGACGUAAUGAGAGCAGAAAUCGCAAUUUGACGGAAACUGGUUUUGGUGGUUGUCCAGAGGAAAACCACGCUCCAGCGGUUUCUGCUGUUGUUGAAGGAAAUGAGAGUGAGAGUACUGUGAAGGAGACGAAGAGCAAUGAUUUGGGAAAUAAGAAAAAGAAGAAUUGGAAGAGGAAGGGGAAGGAGAAGAAGAAGGAGAAGCUGAUCGAUGAUGGAGAAGCUAGGGCACAAGAAGAGGAAGAACGAAAGGUACGCGAGCCACGCGCGCCGCCUGUUAAGAGCGAGGAGAAUACCCCGGUUACGAGGCCUGAGAAAACGAGGGAUAUGAGGUUGGAUUAUAGGCCUAAAUUUACUAGUGCGAUUAAGAAGAGUGGUCGAAUAGCAAAAAAUGUGGAUGAAGUUGAGAAUGAGGCGGAGAAGAGAGGUGGAACAUUGAAAAAUGUGGAGGAAGUUGAGAAUGAGGCGGAGAAGAGUGGUGGAACAUUGAAAAAUGUGGAGGAAGUUGAGAAUGAGGCGGAGAAGAGAGGUGGAACAUUGAAAAAUGUGGAUGAAGUUGAGAAUGAGGCGGAGAAGAGUGGUGGAACAUUGAAAAAUGUGGAGGAAGUUGAGAAUGCGGCGGAGAAGAGUGAGGGGACUCUGAAGAUUGAGCGAAAGCUUGAGGAUUUUUCUAUAAGAAAUGAGAGUCACAGAUCGGAGACGCAAAAUAGGGUUGUUAAUCGCAGAUAUGGCGAUCAUAGAGGUUAUAAUAGGAUUGAUAAUAGGACUCUUAAUCGCAGGUAUUAUGAAUAUAGAGGUUAUAAUGGUGGUCUGAGUCGCAGUUAUGGGCAGCACAGAGGAAGUUAUAGGAGGUUUAAUCAGUUUGCAGAGCAGAAGGGGAGACAUAGUGGAAUGGUUUGGGUGAAGAAAGAAGAGGUUGCUGAUGCUGGUGAGGGUGCCAGAGAUCGAAGCUCGAGCAACUCAGUGGAGCAAUGAUAUGAUUGAUUAGCCAGACUAUUGUGAAGCUGAAAGAUUUUGCAUAGAGUGAGGAUAUGUGAUUAUGUAGUAUGAUUAUGAUAUUGAGAAGUAAAUUAAGGUGGCUACAAGUUUUGGAAGUUUCUGCAGUUAUUUGAAAUAAUGUUGUAAUUCCUGUUACACUAUAUGCCAAGCCUGCGUGGAGUGUUUCUGAUAAUAUUCUUCAUAGAUAUUAGUUCUUCGAAGUUUCAAGAAUUACAGGGAUCUUCUCUAAGAAUUGCAAAGAAAACGCUGCUAUAUUACAUUUUUCUUCUAUGUCAUUUUGAGUUUUCAUCAGUUUGUAAGCUAUUUCCACUUGUUACUUUUCUGAAGUUGCAUUUGCUUUUCUUUUA